CUCGACAGACGCGUCAAUAAGCUACUCCGCGCUGGGUGACCACGUGGGAAUCCCUGCUGCUGUACGUUUUGUGUCUGCCUUUUGCCAACCCAAAGCCAGCAGGGCAGUCGUCUUUGUUUUUGCAUACAUUUCAUCCUGCCAUGUAUCCACCAAAUACUGCCGCAAUACGUCGUCAAGUCUGUCAGCAAACACCCUCCGCGACGCCAAACCCUCCAUGUCUGUCAUGCGUCUUUAUUCAAGGUACAGAGUGUAAUCCGUACCGCGGUGGCCAAUGCGAUGUUUUUGCUUUGGAAGAUGACACAGGCAGGAAAGUCGCUAUGCGCGUCUUUCACGAUGGUGGAGAAUCUUCGUCCUACCUCCUGUCAUACGAGCUGAAAUACCGACAAGAGAUUGAGCAACUUCAGAUAGAACACUUCGCAAAGGUCGUUUCCUUUUCCGAGACAGGGAAUGAACUUAUAGGUAGUCCAUUCGUGUGCUUGGGGUGGAGGGAGAGCCAUUAGUAUGGAGUGAUACUAUCCUGAAGGCAAGAAACGAAAGAAACGAGGUGAUCAAGACUAUUGCGAAUAUCACUCCGAAUCUUCUGCGUGUUCAAGAGGAAGUAAGGGAUGAGAUCACCGCAAAAAUGCAGCGCAAGAUAGUGCGAGCGAAAGAAGGAAGA